UUGUUUGAGUGAUGCGUCAUGACGUCACACGUAAAUCUGAAGUGACGUUUCGCCGUUCACUGAACUUCCGCUUUGCACAUGUGUUUACUAGAAAUGUGCACUGUUGAACCUAAGAAGUAAAAGUAAUAAUAUUCUAAACACAAAACUGUUUAUUAUCCGGGUUCAAACAUGGGAAAGCUGAAUGUUGUCGUGUUGAGAUACUUAUCCCGAGAUGACUUCCGAGUCCUCACAGCGGUUGAGAUGGGGAUGAAGAACCAUGAGAUUGUUCCAGUGAGUCUCCUGUCCUCCAUCGCAAGCCUCAGACACGGCGGCUGCAACAAGAUCCUCAGAGAGCUGGUCAAACACAAACUUGUGGCCUAUGAGCGCUCAAAGACUGUGCAGGGUUACCGGUUGAACUAUGGAGGAUAUGACUACUUGGCUCUCAAGACUUUGUGCUCCAGAGAAGUGAUCAUUUCAGUUGGCAAUCAGAUGGGUGUUGGCAAAGAGUCAGAUAUUUAUAUUGUGGCAAGUCCAAACGACGAGCAGUACGCUUUGAAGCUUCACAGAUUGGGUCGUACCUCCUUCAGGAACCUGAAGAACAAGAGAGAUUACCACCAACACAGGAAGAACAUGUCCUGGCUCUACCUUUCUCGCCUUUCCGCCAUGAAGGAGUUUGCCUACAUGAAAGCAUUGUAUGAUCGGGGCUUUCCUGUUCCUAAACCUGUGGACUAUAAUAGACAUGCUGUAGUGAUGGAGCUCAUCAAUGGAUAUCCACUGUGUCAGGUGCAUGAGCUGCAGGAUCCACCUGCGCUGUACAAUGAGUUCAUGGAGCUCAUAGUCAAACUGGCCAACCACGGCCUGAUUCACGGAGACUUUAACGAGUUCAACCUCAUGCUGGACAACCAGGACCACAUAACUAUGAUCGACUUCCCUCAGAUGGUGUCCACCUCACAUCCUAACGCUGAAUGGUACUUUGACAGAGAUGUCAAAUGCAUCAGAGAUUUCUUUGCCAGGCGAUACAGUUAUGAGAGCGAGCUCUUCCCGACCUUCAAAGACAUCAGGCGGUCUCAUUCUCUAGACGUUGAAGUCUCAGCUAGCGGCUUCACCAAAGAUCUGGAGAGAGACGCUGCAUUGCUUCACCCAGCGGGACCCGAGGAAGAUGAUGAUGAUGAUGGUGAUGAAGAGGAUGGUGAUGAUGAUGAAGAGGCAACAGAUGAGGGGGAAGAAAAAGAAGAAGAGAGUGUGGACAUGGAGGAAUACAAGCAUGCAAUGCUGGAACUGGAAGGUCUGAAAGUCAGCGACUCACAUGCAGACAUACGAGAUGAGAAGAAGGAGAGCGAUAAAGAGGAAGAACAAAAAGAGAGUGAGACAACAUCUGCUGCUAGAAGUGAUGAAGAGCCUGAGAAGGACUUGGAGGAAGAGUUGAAUGAGGCGGAGGAUGAGUGUCCGGAGCUGGCAGACCUUUCUACAUCCAACCAAGGGUUCAAACCCUUCAGAGACUCAGACAGUCUACUACACGUGGCAGAACACAGGAGGAUGAGGACAGACAGCGAGGGGACAGUGGGCAGCAUCGGGAGCUGCUCCACCAUACCACCAGAGGUGGUGCGUCAGAAGGUGCGGAGGCAGCUCACAAAACAGCAGAAGGCGGCGCAGAGGAGACGUCUGCAGAAGGGAGAAGCCAACUUGGUGACCAAAUCCAGGAGAGAGAACCAAAAUAACAUCAAGUCUAGCAUAGAAGGCGCCUCCUUCUGGGGUUAAAUGGGACUGCAGAUAUGGACAGGCAGAUCUCAUGUUAACAUGCUUUUUGUUUGGUUAACAUGCCUGCUGCAUUAUUCCUCAGCUCUUAUAUCUGAAGAGUUUAACACGUGAUUAUUGAUGGAAAAACUCAUCUGGGACAACUCGCCACGCUGUCAAGUCAGAAGACCGACUGUUUUUCUAUUUGAACUCGAGCGAAUUAUCAUGUUCAACAUACACGCUAAUGUAAAUAUACCCAUAAUGUUUGUAUGUUUGAUAAUUAAACCAUUUAAACCU